CAGGACCGCUAUGUACUUCCAUGUCCGCCUGCCCAUUCAAGCCCGUAAAUUGGAUCCGCAGGACAGAAAGAUUUCGUGGUCCUCCACGAGUGAACCCUUAUUCACCUCACCUCCAUAAUCUCUCUCGACUUCGCAUCCAAAACAUCCUCCAUCUGAAGCCUCAGCGAGCCAUUUCUCCUACCCUUCUUCCACUUGAAGGCAUGGUUGGAGGGGAAGCUGGUUCCUCGGAGCCGCUAACAGAAUACGAGGAAGCGCUCAAUUGCCUGUCUUCUUUGAUUACUCGACGAACCCGAGCCGAUGGGGCGAACAAGGGGGACAACUUUGAUCUGUUAUUCGACUAUUUGAAGAUUCUGGAACUGGAUGAGUCUAUUAGCGACUUGAAGGUUAUUCACGUUGCUGGAACCAAGGGAAAGGGCUCUACGUGUGCUUUUACUGAGUCCAUUUUGCGGAGCUGUGGCUUCCGCACUGGCCUCUUCACUUCCCCUCAUUUGAUUGAUGUCCGGGAGCGGUUUCGGCUGGAUGGCAUGGAUAUAUCAGAGGAGAAAUUUUUGGCAUACUUCUGGUGGUGCUGGAAUAGACUACAGGAGAAAACUGAUGAUAAUAUGCCGAUGCCAAAUUAUUUUCGUUUCCUUUCAUUGCUUGCAUUCAAAAUUUUUGUGGCGGAACAGGUGCAUGUUGCCAUUCUGGAGGUUGGUUUAGGAGGGAAAUUUGAUGCAACUAAUGUGGUUCAAACACCUAUCGUGUGUGGGGUCUCUUCACUUGGAUAUGACCAUAUGGAAAUACUCGGCAAUACAUUGGGAGAAAUUGCUGGAGAGAAAGCUGGCAUCUUCAAGCAAGGAGUUCCAGCUUACACUGUACGCCAGCCUGAAGAAGCAAUGUCGGUUCUUAAGGCUAAAGCAUCUCUUUUAAGAAUAUCCCUUGAAAUUGCAUUGCCAUUGGAUAGAGGAUUGCUGAACGGUCAAAAGCUCGGACUUGAUGGUGAACAUCAGUAUAUAAAUGCGGGCCUUGCAAUUGCCAUGUGUCGCACUUGGCUUCAAAAAACUGGACAUGCAGAUGGCAUAUUUUCUGAAACCACUAAGAGUAAUCUGCCAGAACAGUUCAUAAGGGGGCUUGCAUCAGCCAGUUUACAAGGACGGGCACAAAUAGUUCCUGAUCCAUAUUUUAGCGUGCAAAGUUCAAACGUCGGAUCUGGUGGCUUGGUUUUUUAUUUAGAUGGAGCACACAGUCCAGAAAGUAUGGUGGAGUGUGCAAGAUGGUUUUCCCAUGCUGGGAAAGAAAAUGCUCGCCAUGUCAAUCACCUUGAGGAACAACCUAAUAAUGAUUGCAGAGCACAGGCGCAGAUACUUUUGUUCAACUGCAUGACAGUGAGAGACCCUGAAAUGCUGCUUCAACCUUUCAUAAUUACCUGUUCUGACCAUGGGGUCCGCUUUCAAAGGGCUAUUUUUGUGCCAAAUCAAUCUGUGUUCGAUAAGGUUGGUUCUUACAGUGCACCACAAUCGGAUCCUAGACAAGUUGACCUAUCGUGGCAACUGAAUAUCCAAAGAGUUUGGAGAAACAUCAUUAGUGGAAGUAGAGGGCUAGAUGAUGAUACAGUUAAUGGUAUGGUGGAACCCUUUGAAAAGAGUGAACAAACUAUGGAGAAUAGUGCAGUGUUUCCUACUCUUCCGUUAGCUAUCAAGUGGUUAAGGGAAUAUGCAAAACAAAACCAAUCAACCCGGGUCCAGGUACUGGUAACUGGCUCCCUGCAUCUCAUUGGAGAUCUGCUUAGACUUAUUAAGGCCUGAACCUUUCAUUCAAUCUCAAGCUAUCGCCUAGUUUAUAUGGGAAUUUGUUUGUCUCAUGUACCCAACUUCUGCUUCUAUUUUUAAACUUGUUUGCGCAAAUGUGUGAAAACAUUUUUAAUAAUCUUAUUGUAAAAUUGCAACAGGAUUAGAGUUUCUAUUGUAAAAUAAGAUAAAAUUUAAUUGUAAUCGAGCCCGAGUUGAGAAUGCCAUAAAUUAUAAUUGACUUGGCAGGCUCAUAAGUUAUUAUGGUUGAGUUCGUGUUUUAG